AUGAGUGGCACCGCGGCACCGCGCGCACGCGAGCCGUCGCCCCCUUCUGACGGCAGCGACAGUGACCGCUCCGACAGCGUCACCUCAUCUUAUUCGUACGACUCCUCCUCGCGAUCGUCGUCCUACUCGUCCUACUCCAGCUCCUCCUCUUCCCGCUCCAGCAUUCAUCGGCGGCGUGGACGGCGCCGCUCUCGCAGCCGGUCGCCCAUUCUGAAGAACGACGGUCAUCGCCACCACGCCCAGCGCAAGUUUCGUGUGGAGGGCGUUUUGGGAGACUGUGAUGGAACGGUCUCUUUUGAGCCGAGUGCUUUCCUCCCUUCCGUGCUGGGUGACAUCCCCAGGCCGCCGCCAUGCAUCCCUCGUAAUCGCGACGGGGUAGCGGUGCUGGACACACCAGAGAAACCGGCGGGGGAUUGGGCCUGUGGAGUCUGCAGCAAUAUCAACUCCCAGCAGCGGGACGACUGCUACCGCUGCGGCUGUCACUUCACGGAGAGCCUGCUGGCAACGCCAAGCUAUGAGGUGUGCAUCACGCGUCUCCCACCUGGUGUCUCGGUCAGCGCAGUAGAGAAGGCGCUCCGCCGGACGGUGCCGGAGGGUUGUGUGCCGUACAUCGCCGUUGACGAGAAGAAAUCCCUUGUGUUUGCGCAGUUCGCUUCGGUGGAGGACGCCACAAAGUAUCUGGUCAGUCGUCGAUGUGAACUGGAGGUGACGGCGGCAGACGGCGGAGGGGGUCAGCGCACGCGCCUCAGCUUCUCCCUGGACCCGCACCCACAGCCAAGCCUGGAGGACGUCGCGGCGGAGGCGGCGCAGGCAGCGGCCGCUGCGGAUCGGGAGAAGAGGGAAACCGUCUUGGUCGCAGCUGCGGUGCCACGCUUUUUGUGGCCGCACACCUGGAACCCUCCGUCGUCUUUCCCCUCCGUGGAAAAACACAAGACCUUCCUCAGCACCAUGUCUGCCUACUGGGACCACCUCGCCGAUGAACAGAAGCGCUACUACGAGGCGGAGGUGAGGAAGGCGCUGAUGCAGGCCGUUUCUCCCACAGAAGCGACGACACUGAAGCCGUCGAGCACACCGGAGGCGGCAGUAACGGCGGCAAUACAUAGCCACAACACUCCAUCAGCCACCGCCGCUUCGUCCUCCACCGCACCGUCUGGAGUCACCGCCUCGACGGCCGCAUCCCCUCCGUCCAAGGACUCGCCGCAGAAGAGCACCAGCAAGACUUCGCAUGCGCUGGACGGGCUCAAGAAGCGUCUGGCGGAGCGUAAAUCGGCCUUGAAGAAGGCCGACGCAGCUGGUGGGUCAGCAGCAGUCGCAGGGACGCCGUCUUCCACGCCAGGAAGCACUGCAGCGUCUGUCAGGGCAGGGGGAGGGACGCCGAAGAAUGUGUCGACGCCCGGUAGCAGUGGAGACUUCCCCGCUGCACCGUCGUGCGCGUUGGCCCAGAUGCAGACGUGGGGUGGCUUUCCGGUCCCGUUGCAGUACACUACGCCGGCCGACAUCCCACAGUCGGUGGAGUUGGCGCGAGUACCGAUGAGCGUGUGCGAGCGUCUGCUCCCUCCUGCGUUGCUGCAAGUUGCACGAAUGCAGUUUCGCUAA